UGAGCAACGGUUGGCUAUGACGAAAUUAAGAGGCGGUGCUCACAAGUCACGUGAUAAAGCGGUCAUUAUGUGGCUGCGUCCGACAGUGCUAUUGGGGUUGGUGGGCACCAGAGGACUAGUCAGAAGUAUGUGUGCUCAGGUAGGAGACUGGCAAACUGCCAAGUCCAUUUACGAGUUCUCAGCCAAGGACAUUGAUGGGAAUGAGGUCACUCUUGACAAAUAUAGAGGAUACGUGUGCAUCAUUGUAAACGUAGCCUCUAAAUGAGGUAAGACGAAGGUAAACUACACUCAGCUUGCGGGAAUGCACGCCUCGUAUGCUGACAAAGGUUUACGCAUCAUGGGCUUCCCAUGCAACCAGUUUGGUGGACAGGAGCCGGGAACAGAUGCAGAAAUUAAGGAAUUUGCCAAAGGUUACAAUGCAGAGUUUGACAUGUUCAGUAAGAUUGAGGUGAAUGGUGAUGGCGCUCACCCUCUGUGGAAGUGGAUGAAGGCACAGCCCAAAGGGAAGGGAACUUUUGGAAACAACAUCAAAUGGAACUUUACAAAGUUUCUUAUCAACAGGGAGGGGCAGGUGGUGAAGCGAUACGGUCCGACAGAGGAUCCAAGUGUGGUGGAGAAGGACCUGCCCACAUACUUGUAAUAUUACUACAUGUUCCUCUGAUCUCUCACAUGGACUUGAGGGUCUUUGUGUGUGUGGGCCUGGACCAGUGACGGCUCUGUUCGUAAACCCGUCUUUGGAAGGGACAGAGCCUGAUGAUUCUAAGCGUGCAACUUAUCCCCAGAGCCUGCUCACACUCGGCGUAGUAAGACCAUAUGAGAGGGCAGUCCCGAUCUAGCAAACACAAACAUUAAAUAAAUUGCAUCAUACGUUUGCAACAGUCAUUCCUUUGUACAUUAAAUAGCACAUACCUUUCUGCUUGGACAACUAUCGGUAGUUGAUGAUCCUGUCAGUAUCUCCUUUUCACAUGUCUAUUGGAUCUUGAUGGUGAGAAGACGGCGGCUUUGUUCAUAUUUGGUAACACGCAGGUGCUGAACAGAUGCCGCUGGCGUUUGCAUACACAUGUGAAACAAGUUUUUAAAAUAGAGUAUAUUUCCUCCCGUCUUGGCUCUGACUACUAUUGUGUCCACUGAUGGAUUGUCUUGUCAGUGAUGUUAAACCAUGUCGUAGAGGGGCUAAUGUUCAUGUGAUUUUAUGUAACUACAUAGAUGCCAAUAGAAAAAGACCUCGCAUAUUAAAAGCUACUGAUAAUAUUUGCACUUUUCAAGGAUUGCACCAUUAUGUGUGAUUUAAAAUAAAAAUAAAUGUCGUGUUGCA